CACUGGGCCAUCGAGGGAUUGCAAAUCGGGAGGAGCGAGGACACAAAAAGGGCGGAAAGGGAAAGAGAAAGUACCAAAAAUAGUUGCCGCCAUCGUCGUUGCAGCGGAAGAAAGAGGAGCAGAAGGGGUUUUUCUCCUCUUCUCCCCUUUGGGUCCGUCCAGUUCUACCUGAAGACGUCUGAAGGCGAGACUCCUGGAUAGUGAUGAUGAGGACGGGUGGCAGGGACAGGUUUCAUAACGAGUAUGCGCCGAGAUUAGAGGAGAAGGGAAGUUUUGGGUCUGCAACGAGAGCGGAUCACAAUGAUGAGCAAGCUUCUCGACAUCUUUGGGUGGGCAAUUUAAACCCCCGUGUAACAGAGAGCAUUCUUGCAGAACAGUUCCUAAGAUUUGGCGAGCUAGACAAUAUAGCGCUCUACCCCAGCCGCGGCUAUGCUUUUGUUAACUUUAGGAAAGAGGAAGAUGCAUGUCUUGCAAUGCGAGGGCUUCAAGGAGUUGCUGUUGCAGGCUUUCCUCUGAAAAUUGAAUUUGCGAAGGGGGACCGGCAAUUAUCCUCAUUUUCACUAGGUGCAGGGUCUCAGCAGGAUUCCUUUGAAAGAAACUUUGCUGAUUGUUUGGCACCAUUUCCUCCAAGUGAUUCAAGGUUUUAUGGUUCUGAUGUAGAUACAUUUCAUUUUGACAAAUCCAAAGGGGAAAAGGGUGCAGAGCCUAGCGAGGUGCUCUGGGUAGGAUUUCCUGUGCAGCUAAAUGUUGAUGAGAUGAGCUUGCGGAGGGCUUUCUCUCCUUUUGGUGAGAUUGAGAAAAUCACCACAUUCCCAGGUCGUAGUUAUGCUUUUGUGAAAUUCAAGAGUAUAGUAUCGGCAUGCAGAGCAAAAGAUGCUCUCCAGGGAAAACUAUUUAAUAGUCCUCGCGUAAAUAUUUGCUUUUCAAAGAGUGAAAUUGGUCCAGUAGACCGUGCAAGGAGUUCAAAUGAUCCUCUCAUGACAUCUAUCAGGACAGCUGGUAAUGCUGGAUAUAAUAGCAGAAUUUUUCACCAGGAUAAAGGUCUUGAUCAAAAGGGGGAUUUUGAUAUGACACCUCCUCAUUUCCUUUCAAAUUUUGAAAGGAAGUCGCGAGAUUUUAGUGUUAAUUGUGUUGACAAUGUAACCUCUCAAGGAAGUCCAGGCUUUGCAUAUAACAUCGCUGGAAAGCAUGAAAAGAUGAAUUUUCAGGUGCAUGAAACUGAAUCAGGAUUUUUGGAUAAGAUGCAGGAGUUCCCCAAGGGUCAUGUCAUCGACAAGAGUAUAUCCUUUCAUGGUAUCUCUCCAGGAAGAGCACAUCAUGAUAGUCCUCAUUUUGAACAUUCUUGGGAUUUGCCAGAUGAAGAUACACUUUUCAGGGAAAAAAAGAAACUGAAGCUGGGGUAUUUUCCUGAUAAAGAUCUUCCAGAAUAUUCUGUCUCAAACUCAUUGCAAGGAAAACAUGGUCCUCAGAAGCCAUUCCGUGUAGCAACAGAAGUUAAAUAUGAUAUUGAUACUGAAGUUCCUUUCAGCCUUAGGCAGACACCUGGACUACAAAAGAGUGAUCUAUGGAGUUCAAAUGAUAAUGCUGAAACAAGUUCUGUCCCUCUGCUUAAGAAAUUUGCUAAGUUGGAUAGAUUUUCUCAUGGGCCAAACCGAUCUUCUUUAGAUGAGGAAUGGAAAUGGGAGGGUACAAUUGCCAAGGGAGGGACUCCGGUCUGUCAUGCUCGCUGCUUUCCUGUGGGGAAAGUUCCUGAUAUUACAUUGCCAGAGUUUUUAGAUUGCACUGCAAGAACUGGUUUAGACAUGCUUGCGAAACAUUUCUCUCAAGCAUCCGGAGUUGGUGUUGUCUUCUUUGUCCCUCAAUCUGAUGCUGAUAUAGUCUUUUACAAUGAGUUCAUGCAUUACCUUGAAGAGAAGCAGCGAGCUGCGGUUGCUAAGUUGGGUGAAAAGACUACAUUGUUCCUGGUCCCUCCAUCAGAUUUCUCUGAGAAAGUUCUCAAAGUUCCAGGGAAGAUGAGCAUCUCUGGUGUGAUAUUAAGCUUUCAACAUGUGAACGCUUCUUUGCAGCAUUCAUCAGAAUCCAUGAAUUCACAGCAUCUUCCUCCUAAUCAUCAUGUGGAUGAUGUUAUAUAUCAUGACGACAAAUCUGUUACAGAGGUGCCGUCACCAAAUUCCAAACUGCCAGUCUGGAAGGAUAGGUUCUCUCGAGAUGCAUCUAUGGAACCUAUUUCUUCUGCACGCUAUCCCCUGGCAUCUUGGAAUAAGGUUGAUGCACUCGAGAAGCUUCCCUAUGCUGGACGUUUAAUGGGCUCAGUAGCAUCAUCCUCACCCAUUGGUGACCGGGCUUCUAAAGUGUUAUCUGAAACUGGCGAUGAGCGUAAUCAAGCUUACAAGCGAAAUGAAACUGUUUCACCACUUCAAGGCUGGAAAGCAAGUUCAGGGAUUGGGGAUCGUGCACCCCUCAAUCCAUCUUAUGGGCCUCAUUCUUCUGAAGUUUCUAGAGCUGAAGAGUAUCUUUUAGUCAAGAAAAAGCUAGCAGAAGGAAGUUCAGGCCAAUACAUUCCUGAGAACCUUACUCCUUUAUCUAAAAGUGCAGUUCCUCAACUGCAGACAAAGUCUCAAAUGUCUUCAUCCACGUCAGUUCCACAGCUUCCUCCUGAACAGCUUGCACAGUUGGCGUCACUUCUCAUGCAGAAGCAAUCAUCCACAUUAUUGUCAACUUCAUCAACGAACAUAAGCUCCAAAUUGGCUUCUCUGUCACACGAGCCCGUUCAGAAUUCCAGUUUUCAGGGUAAUACAUCUGCUCCUGAACGGUUGGCUUCCUCAUAUAGACAAGUUCAUCAGUUGCAAGAGCACACAUCAAAGAGUCAACCUGUUCCUGUUCCUCUCAUUAAUGACUUGGGAGUAAAUGCACAAAACCCUGAAGCUACAGAAAAGAUUUUGCAGCAUGGCAAGGAGGGUGACUCUGAUCCACAGAAGCGUCUUCAGGCAACGCUGCAGUUAGCAGCAGCCCUUCUUCAGCAGAUACAACAACAAGCGAAGUCCACUGAUAGGCCUUAGUUGUGAUACCUGAGUUUUCCAUGCACAUGAUGUGUAAGCCCUACAGUAUCUUUUCAUUUCACCAGUCUGUAGCUACUACAUGGCAUAUUUUGUUGAAUACUGCAAGUAGAUCUAAAAAUCAAACUUUUGUGGCUUUGGCCUAUGCCUCGAUAAAUGGCUUGUAGAUCUUAUCAUGUACAGGUUAAUCUGAUUUCCUUUUAUUCA